AUGCCACGCACGCGCUCUUCUGCUCCUUCAGAGCAAUCUAAGUCUGUUCCUGAGCAGCAGACGAAAGCAUUGACGGCUGCCGAGAAGCCCAGCAAGACGUUUAUCCUUCCGUCCAAUACCAGCGCCAACGCGCGUCUACUCUCCCUACCGAACCCACAGUCUGGCGAGCCGUCUCGCUACUUCUUCUGCCCAGAACGCGAUGAAAAGUCGCCCGCGAAGGCAUCGAUUGUCAAGAAGGCUGAAUUGCUGGUCGCAACACCAAUUGAUGCAGCCUUUUUCCUGAUUCCCCUGCUUUCGCCCUCUACAAAGUCUGGACAGUCACUUUUCCAGCCGCUAGACGACAUAAUUGACUCGAAUGAUGACCUACACCCACAUUUCCGCCAUGUCCUCUACGAUGAAACAUUCCGCAAAUCGCUCCUUGCGCGUGCCGAGGCCAUCUGUGAUACUGUGGAGGCUGGUGAUGAAAACAUGUUCCGGUUCAGCGAGGCCAAGCUUCUCAAGGAAUUGCUCGCCAAGGCAGAACGCAUGGCUUCGCAUGGGCUACCUGCGAGUUUGGAGGAGCGGUUUGUUCGACAGGCAUUGGCGGCUCCGUUGAUGUCGGUCAAGCGCAACGAUGCGUUGACAAUCCAGGGCUCACAGGAUAAAGAUGCCAGCCCAAUCGAAUUGGAUGAGAGCUCAGACUCGCCGUCGGCUACUACUGCAACUCCUUCAGUGUCGACGCCUGCAGGUGAAACCACUCCUGUGCCCCAGCCUGCCGGUGAAGAAUCGGACGAUAUCCGCCGCUUGCAACGUAUCUCUGUUGCAUUGUCUUUCAUGAAAGAGUCAUAUCUGCCAUCCGCUCUGUCCUCUCGAAUUGAUGAACUACUCGCCUCGCAAGAUUCACCCUUGGACCUCAAGCCAUUGACCAACCGUCUCAAGGAGCUUGCCACUCUACGCGCAGAGGCCAUCGCUUCGCGUGGCGUGUCCGACUUCAGCCGCAAGCGUGGAUUAGAGGACGAAGAGAUUGAGAAUCGGGCUGAAACGAAGCGGCGAAAAGAGGAAGAGGAGAAGAAAGCGAAGGCCUCUGAGUCGCGUGGCGUGCGUGAUUUGAAGAAAGUCAACACAACUGGCAUGAAGAAAAUGAGUGACUUCUUCGGAAAGGCUGCUGUUAAGAAGAAGACCUGA